AUGUGUGAUUAUUUCAUUUGUGGUUCAAUCUCAUCCGCUGCAGUGUUUUCCAUUUUCGGGAUGCAGUAUCUUGUGUACAUCUUGGUGGUCAUUGGGUGGAUUCUCAUAACAGGGACAUUCAUUAUAUGUGGCAUAUUUCUUCUUCUUCAUAACUUUUUGAGUCCUUGAAGCAGCCUCUUCCAAACCAAUUCAACCACAAGCCCAAUCUUGUGAUUGGGCGCCCAAGAAAAGAUUUACACACAAUAUAUCACGUCUCGGAUAAAAUCUGAUUGGCAUGCAUGGACUGGCCCACGUAGCGUGACUGCAGAUUCUUGCGUGGCAAUGGACCAGUGGGUCCAGAACCCAAUGGCCCAUACAGCUCUGGACGACAUACUGCCAUGCGUGGACAAUGCCACGGCACAAGAGACUCUGAGGAAGAGCAAAGAGGUCACCUACCAACUCUGCGAUGUCAACAACAAGUUCAUCACCACCGUGUCUAACAACAACUUUCCUCCCAACUCCCGUCCUUUUUACUACAACCAGUCUGGCCCGCGGCUUCCCACUCUCUGCAAUCCGUUUCAUGCUGACUUGACGGCUAGACCGUGUGAUCCCGGAGAAGUGCACUUGAGCAAUGCGACAAAGGUGUGGAACAAGUAUGUAUGCCAGGUCUCCUCUAGCGACAUAUGCACCACGAGCGGCCGUCUGACUCCAAAGAUCUAUUCCCAAAUGGCUGCCGCCGUGAACGUGAGCUACGGGCUGUACCAUUACGGCCAGUUCCUCACGGACCUCCAGAACUGCGACUUUGUGAGAGUGACCUUCAGCAAAAUAUACACGAAUUACUGUCCCGGCCUGCGGCACUACAGCCAGUGGGUGUACGCAGGGCUUGUUGUGGUCGCGGUUGCGGUGAUGCUCUCUCUCACUUUCUGGGUCCUCUACGGGAGAGAGAGACGCCACCGGAUCUACACGAAAAAUCACAAGGAGAAGCAACGCGGGGAAGACUGAGAGGAAGAGCUACAACAUUAGAUUUUUUGUUUAUGCAUUUUCCAUCUUUGAUGACACCAUUCUGUCUCACAGAGGUGCAGGAACUGUUUGUGUGUGUAUCUGUGAAAGACUGGUGUCAGAUAUGGGAUUCGCGUGGAUUUUUUUUGUACAGCAAGAAGUGUACGCCAAUUCUAUUUUUUGCACUUCACGGACAAAUCUUGUCUGUGUGGAGUACAAGGAAAUGGGAUUAGUGUAAUGUUUGCUUAUUCUACUUUUUUUCUUAGUGCACAAUGGGGAGCAUGAUUGGUGUGUGUAAGAUGGGGUGGACAUAUAUGUUAUUGUUUGAUAUAUAUUCUCUUUGAAUCAGUAAAUGUGUGAUAUAUUA